CCCCUCUUCAUUUGCUCUCCACGAUGGUGAGGUGGUUUCACCGUGACCUGAGUGGGCUGGAAGCUGAAGCCUUACUGAAGGGACGGGGUGUCCAUGGCAGCUUUCUGGCCAGACCCAGUCGGAAGAAUCAGGGGGAUUUUUCUCUUUCAGUCAGGGUCGGUGAUCAGGUAACCCACAUCCGCAUCCAGAACACUGGGGAUUUCUAUGACCUGUAUGGAGGGGAGAAGUUUGCCACCUUGUCAGAACUGGUGGAGUACUACACGCAGCAACAGGGCUCACUGCAAGACAAAGAUGGAACCAUCAUUGACUUGCGAUACCCGCUUAACUGUUCCGACCCCACUACAGAAAGGUGGUACCAUGGGCAUCUGUCAGGCUCUGCAGCUGAGUCACUUCUCCAGGCCAAAGCCACCCCUUGGACCUUUUUGGUGCGAGAGAGCCUCAGCAAACCUGGGGAUUUUGUCUUGUCUGUCCUCACUGACCAGCUUAAACCUGGCUCUGAUGCUCCACCAGUUGGGGCAACCAGUGCCACAGGGGACCGGCUCAAAGUCACACACAUCAAGAUCAUGUGUGAGAAUGGUCGCUACACAGUUGGAGGUGCUGAAACAUUUGACAGCUUGGCAGAUCUGGUGGAGCACUUCAAGAAGACUGGAAUUGAAGAGGUGUCUGGCUCCUUUGUGUACCUGAAGCAGCCCUACUACGCUACGAGGGUGAAUGCUGCUGACAUUGAAAAUAGAGUGCAGGAACUGAACAAGAAGAGUCUAUCUGAGGAAGCAUCCAAGGCUGGAUUCUGGGAGGAGUUUGAUAGUCUGCAAAAACAGGAAGCCAAGCAGCUGUUUGACCGCCACGAGGGUCAGAGACCUGAAAACAAGAGCAAGAACCGAUACAAGAACAUCUUGCCCUUUGAUCAUUCCAGAGUCGUUCUCCAAGGAAGGGACCCAAAUAUACCCGGAUCUGACUAUAUCAAUGCCAACUAUAUCAAGAACCACCUGGUCAGCCCAGAUGACUGCACCAAGACCUACAUUGCCAGUCAGGGUUGCCUGGACGCCACAGUCAAUGACUUCUGGCAAAUGGUGUGGCAGGAGAACACCCGCAUUAUCGUGAUGACUACACGGGAGGUAGAAAAAGGACGUAACAAAUGUGUGCCUUACUGGCCAGAGGUGGGCAACAUGAAGGAAUAUGGUCCCUACCUCGUGGAGAACGCUGGGGAGCACGAUGCAUUGGAGUACAAACUCCGUCACCUCUGUGUGUGUCCAAAAGAUAACGGUAAGGCCGUGCGUGAGAUCUGGCACUACCAGUACCUGAGCUGGCCUGACCAUGGUGUACCCAGCGAGCCAGGAGGAGUUCUCAGCUUCCUUGACCAAAUCAACCAGAAGCAAGAGAGCAUCCCAGAUGCAGGGCCUAUUCUGGUACAUUGCAGUGCUGGGAUUGGCCGCACUGGGACUAUCAUCAUCAUUGAUAUGAUAGUGGAAACAAUCUCCACCAAGGGGCUGGACUGUGACAUUGACAUCCAGAAGACCAUUCAGAUGGUGAGGGCCCAGCGCUCAGGGAUGGUGCAGACAGAGGCCCAGUACAAGUUCAUCUACAUGGCCAUCUGCCAGUUCAUAGAGACAACCAAGAAAAAGCUGGAAGUUAUCCAGUCUCAGAAAGGCAAGCCAAACGAGUCUGAGUAUGGGAACAUUGCCUACCCCCCUGCAGCAAGGAACGUGCAUGCCAAAGCUUCACGGAAUCCCUCCAAGCAGAAAGAGGAGUCAAUGAUCUAUGAGAACCUGGGGAAGAAGGAGAAGGCGCGGAAGCAGUACUCCUUGGAGAAGAAACUGAAAGGCUCACUAAAGAAAAAAUAA